ACCAAUUCUGGUUCAACCCAGAUUGACGUGAAGUAUUUUGAGUUUUUCAUCAUAACCAGAGAGAAACCCAGAAGAAGAAGAAGAAGAUCAACUAUAAGAAAGGAAGCAGUGGACGCUUGUCAUCAUUAAAAAAAUAACAGCUUUCUUCAGAUUAUUAAAAAAAGGUUAAAAAAUAUAAUAUGGGGAUGGGGGGAAGGGAAGGUGUCUUAUUUUACUUUCAAUUUUAAUGUCGUUCAAAAGGUCUCUUUUGACCACCUCCUCUACUCUCUUUCUUCCUUCUUCCUCCCGUCUACUCCCUUCUUUCCUCUUUUCUAUUUAUUCAAUUUUCUCAUGGAUUGCAUCUCCCACGACAACAAACCCUAUUUCUGACUGCAAUAAUAAUAUAAAACAUGGGUCUCUGCCUUUCUACCACCAGAGUGAGUGGCUCCAACAGUAACAACAACAACAACAACAACGUCAACCAUCCUCGGAAAGAUAAUGAAGAAGGAAAACGUGGAAGGAAUGAAACAACACAAAGAAAUCCACCACUUCCGGUUAAGAAUACGCUGCAGCUGAAGGCGAAAAAAGACAAGGCGAAUGCGAAGAGACAAACUGGCGUUAUUCCGUGUGGGAAGCGUGCAGAUUUCGGGUAUGCUAAAGAUUUUGAUGAAAGGUAUUCCACCGGUAAAUUAUUGGGACAUGGACAGUUUGGAUACACGUAUGUUGCCACCGAUAAGACCAGUGGAGAUCGUGUUGCAGUCAAGAAAAUUGAGAAAAAUAAGAUGGUUCUUCCUGUUGCUGUUGAGGAUGUUAAGAGAGAGGUCAAGAUUUUGCAGGCCCUUACAGGCCAUGAGAAUGUAGUCCAGUUCCAUAAUGCAUUUGAGGAUGAUUCUUAUGUAUAUAUUGUAAUGGAGUUAUGUGAGGGUGGUGAAUUAUUGGAUCGGAUAUUGGCCAAGAAAGACAGCCGUUAUACAGAGAAAGAUGCAGCAGUGGUUGUACGUCAGAUGCUCAAAGUUGCAGCUGAGUGUCAUUUACAUGGUUUAGUACACCGUGACAUGAAACCUGAGAAUUUUCUUUUUAAAUCUACCAAAGAGAACUCGCCUUUGAAGGCUACAGAUUUUGGCUUGUCAGACUUCAUAAAACCAGGGAAGAAGUUUCAAGAUAUAGUUGGCAGUGCCUACUAUGUUGCUCCAGAAGUACUGAGACGGAAGUCAGGACCUGAAUCAGAUGUCUGGAGUAUUGGUGUGAUUACAUACAUUUUGCUCUGUGGGAGGCGACCCUUCUGGCACAAGACCGAGGAUGGUAUAUUUAAGGAGGUUUUAAGGAACAAGCCUGAUUUUCGCCGCAAACCAUGGCCAACUAUUAGCGAUAGUGCCAAAGAUUUUGUAAAGAAAUUACUGGUGAAGGAUCCUCGGGCAAGACUAACAGCUGCCCAGGCCCUAUCACAUCCGUGGGUUAGAGAAGGAGGAGAUGCAUCUGAGAUUCCAAUUGAUAUAUCUGUUUUGAAUAACAUGCGGCAAUUUGUGAAGUACAGUCGUUUAAAACAGUUUGCUCUAAGAGCAUUGGCUAGCACACUGGAUGAAGAGGAGUUAGCUGAUCUUCGAGAUCAAUUUGAUGCAAUUGAUGUAGACAAAAAUGGCUCUAUUAGUCUUGAAGAGAUGAGACAGGCCCUUGCGAAAGAUCUUCCUUGGAAGUUGAAGGAAUCACGGGUAUUAGAGAUUCUUCAAGCGAUUGACUGCAACACAGAUGGUCUUGUGGAUUUCUCUGAAUUUAUUGCAGCUACACUACAUGUGCAUCAGCUGGAGGAGCACAACUCUGAGAAGUGGCAGCAGCUAUCAAAGGCUGCUUUUGAGAAAUUUGACUUAGAUAAAGACGGGUUUAUAACACCUGAGGAGCUUAGGAUGCAUACGGGUUUAAAAGGCUCAAUUGACCCUCUUCUUGAGGAGGCAGAUAUUGACAAAGAUGGGAAAAUAAGCCUUUCAGAAUUCCGAAGGCUUUUAAGAACUGCAAGCAUUAGUUCACAAAAUUUGACUAGCCCUUCUGGUUAUCAGAAUUCCAGGAUGUCGUAAAUUAAACUUGCAGGUUUUAAAAUUGAGGGAAAGAAGAGGAUAAAGGGAUGGAGCUCCUUUUCUCAACUCAAUUUAUUUCAAGAUUGUAAUAAAAAUUAAAGAGGCCUGCAUCUGUGAUCUAAUUUUCCUUUUUAGGCCAUGCAAGGAACCAAUUUGUUGAAACUCAAGUUUGAAGAUGGGCUUCUGGCUUUUGAUCUUGAAAACAUUUUGUUUAAGAGGUCUUGGAUGUUCCAGAUGAGAUGGUGGUACCAAUGUGUACAUGUAUUUGGAGUAUUGAGGUUCCAUUGUUUGUCCUCCAAAUGUACUGUGAUAAUAAAAAGAUGAUGUAUCAAUGCAAAUAUGUUGUAUUAGAAUUCAGUCUUGUUUUUGAAUAAACAUGUUUACCUUUUGAAGUA